AUGACACAAGGUACUUCCAUCUCUAGAGCUCCUCACAGUAGCAUCUGCCCCUCUCCUUGUCCCUACCAGCCAGACUCUGCUGACAGCAUCAAGAAUUACCCUUCUCCCCAUCCCCAGCUGAGGCCACUGUCUCCAGAGCCCAUGCCUGGAGACUCCCUUCCCCAGCCAGGCUUCAGCACUGAGGCUUUUGCAGCCAUGAAGCAACUGCACCUGAGCAGAGCAGGGACAGCAGAUGGAAUCCCAGAUCCAUCUCCUGGAUCCCAGAUACCCAGAACACUUCAUCAUUACCUGGGCUGCCUGGCCAGUCUUCCUGGAUGGCUCCUCGCUCUAGCUCCUCUCUCUCCCUUCAGGAGUUGUUUCCCCUGCAUCCUGUUAUUACCACUUCUUGUACCAAAUAACUCCCCCAAUAUUACUAAUGAUCACUCAGAUUAUAUCCUGAGACACAUCUACGGUGCCUCAUGCCCAGCUCCCCAUCACCAAAAGCUCUCCCUGACCCUUGACUCUGGGGCAGGGUGA